AAUCUUUCCCUUUGAGAUCUGUGAAUGAAAAAUGGAGAGUAAUAAUGAGUUGAUUAUGAACAACCCUGUCUAUUGUGAAGGGAAAGGGGAAAAUGGGAUUAUAGAUUUAGGGCUUAGCCUAAGAACUUUGGAGCAACCAGAAGUGGGAAUUGAGGGAGGGUACAUGAAUUGGGGAGGACAGGAUUACUAUUGUUGUACUGAGGAAGAUGCAGAGGUUGUGCAGAGCAAACAGCAACAGAGGUGGGAUUAUGUUAAAGUCAAUAUGGAUGGUGUCAUUGUUGGUAGGAAAGUUUGCAUCUUUCAACAUGCUAGCUAUUCUACUCUUGCCCUUCAACUUGAAGAUAUGUUUGGUCGACAAUGUGAAUCUGGACUGAGGUUGUUUGAAAAUGAUUCUGAAUUCUCACUAUUUUACAAAGAUGGAGAUGAAAAUUGGAGGAGCGUUGGUGAUGUCCCAUGGAAGCAAUUUGUGGAAGGUGUGAAGAGGCUAAGAAUUGCUAGGAAAGAUGAGGCUUUUGUUGCCAUUCGUCAAAAUUAACUUACAUUUCAUGGAAAUGAACCCCCCAAAAUGCAACUUCUUAAUGGGAAUUUUAUUUUAUGUUAAAGUUGGAGGCAUCUGACAAUUUAUCUAAUUUAAAGAUCCUUUAUAACAAUAUCAGUUUUAUGGUGUAAACUCUACGUUCAACAUAAAUCUU